GCAGCCACACGGGCGGAGCGGCAGCGGCAGCGGCAGGAGGCGCCGAGCUCCCAGCGCAGCAGCUCGCCCCGCGCACCCCGCCGCAGCUCAGCCCGUGCCGCCGCGAUGGCGAGGAAAGGCAGGAGGGGCUGCGACUGCCAGCGCUUCCUGAGGAACAACUGGCUGCUGCUCAGCACGGUCUGCGCCGUGGUGCUGGGUAUUGGGGUAGGAGUUCUAGUACGAGAAUAUGGCAAGCUCUCCAACCUGGACAAGUUCUACUUUGCAUUUCCUGGAGAGGUUCUGAUGAGAAUGCUCAAACUCAUCAUUCUACCCUUGAUCAUAUCAAGCAUGAUUACAGGUGUUGCUGCUUUGGACUCCAAUGUUUCUGGGAAGAUUGGUUUGCGUGCCGUUGUAUAUUAUUUCUGCACUACAGUCAUAGCUGUAAUUCUAGGGAUUGUGCUAGUUGUGACCAUCAAACCUGGGGUAUCUCAGAAAGUUGAUGAAAUUGACAGAACGGGCAGCACUCCUGAAGUCACGACAGUGGAUGCCAUGCUAGAUCUGAUUAGGAAUAUGUUCCCAGAAAACCUCGUCCAGGCUUGUUUUCAACAGUAUAAAACCAAACGUGAAGAAGUGAAACUUACAAAUGAACUGGAAAAAAACAGCACUGCGGUUACAGAAGAGCCUGUCACAAUUGUCAUGACAACAGAGGCUUUGGAGAACAAAACCAAAGAAUACAAAAUAGUGGGCAUGUAUUCCGAUGGCAUUAAUGUGCUGGGCUUGAUUGUCUUUUGUAUUGUCUUUGGAAUUGUUAUUGGGAAAAUGGGAGAAAAGGGACAAGUUCUGGUGGACUUUUUCAAUGCACUGAACGAUGCUACAAUGAAAAUUGUUCAGAUAAUCAUGUGGUAUAUGCCACUUGGCAUUUUGUUCUUGAUUGCUGGGAAGAUAAUAGAAGUUGAGGACUGGGAAAUCUUUCGCAAACUGGGUCUUUAUAUGGCUACAGUAUUAAGCGGACUUGCAAUCCAUUCCGUUGUAGUUCUGCCACUGAUCUACUUAAUCACAGUAAGGAAAAACCCUUUCCGGUUUGCCAUAGGGAUGGCUCAGGCACUUCUGACAGCCCUCAUGGUCUCCUCCAGUUCAGCAACUUUGCCUGUCACCUUUCGCUGUGCAGAAGAAAAAAACCAUGUCGACAAAAGAAUUACCAGAUUUGUUUUACCAGUCGGAGCUACAAUCAACAUGGAUGGAACAGCACUCUAUGAAGCCGUGGCAGCUGUGUUUAUUGCACAGCUUAAUGACUUUGAUUUGGAUGUUGGCAAAAUAAUUACCAUUAGUGUCACAGCGACUGCAGCCAGCAUCGGAGCUGCAGGGGUCCCUCAGGCUGGACUAGUCACCAUGGUGGUUGUGCUGAGUGCAGUUGGGCUACCUGCUGAAGAUGUUACCCUUAUCAUAGCAGUUGACUGGCUUCUGGACCGGUUCAGAACAAUGAUAAACGUCCUUGGAGAUGCUUUUGGUGCAGGGAUUGUGGAGAAGCUCUCCAAAAGAGAGCUAGAGCAAAUGGAUGUCUCUUCUGAAGUCAACAUAGUCAAUCCUUUUGCCUUGGAAACAACAAUACUCGAUAAUGAUGAACCGGAGACCAAGAAAUCCUACGUCAAUGGAGGUUUUGCCGUAGAUAAAUCUGACACCAUAUCAUUCACCCAGACAUCACAGUUCUGAAGCCUACAGUUCCACUGACACUGAAGGAUAAUUAAGAAAAAGCUAAUAACAAACUUGAGUAUAUUUAAUUUAAUACACAGACUUCCGUUUUUUCCCCCCACUGUUUGGAUUCGCAGCAUUUGGUCCCUGUGGACAAGUUGAUGAGAAGGCAUUAAGGCAAGUUGUAAAAUAUGUCAUUUUUUAAUCAUGUAAGAUGGAUGAGGCUUUGGAAUGCCUGUUUGGAAUCAUCUAGCUCAUAAACUGGAUGUUAGAACCAGGCCAGUGAAAUGAAGCAAAUGUGCUUCUCUCGGGCAAACUGCAGUGUUUCACACCUCUCUUCCAUUCUACCACUCAGUGUAUGGAGUUCUUGUUAAUAUUUUUGCCUUUCAUAUUUUUACAAAUGACACUGCAUAUAAAACACCUACUGUAACUUGAUAAUGUGCCAAAUUGUUCAUUUCUGCAGCUAGUUUGAACAACACAUGGGGCAAACAGUUUUAGAAAGAAAACAGGCCUUAAGGGUUCUGCAAUAAGUGUUUUAACGUUUAUGAGGUUUUACGUUGCUUUUACUUUAAUCAUUAUGGAUGUUGGACGUUAUUGGUCAAGGAAAAGCUUCUAAUGUUAUGUAGUUGAUUUUCCCCGCCCCAUGAAUUCCACCAGAGAGCAGAACUGAACUCUGCGGGUAAAGCAAAUUGCUACAGGUUUGCUCUUCUUAUACUUGAAUAAAUUAUUGCAAAGUGAAACUCUCUGCCAACUUAGGUCCACUUUGACAGUUUAUUAAAACAUCUCCAUUGGAAGUAGCAAGAAGACAGCUUUGGUAUUGUCUAUUUUUUAUUUUAGGCUAGUAUUUCUCAGCUGCAGGGCAGGCGGAGAUCAGGAAGAUGAAAAUAGCUACUCAUAGGGUGACUUCCAAAUCUUUUCUGUUCGGAAAAAGGACAUAAUAUCAAGUGUAGAUGAGGUUGGUUUGUUUGCUCCUUGGUUUAAUUUAUUGGUUGAGCAUGUGUAAUUUUGCAGCUGCAAAAGCCCUAGACCCCACCAUUUCAGUGCCAAGCCCUAUCUUGUCAAAGUAUCUGGACUAAGGAACCCAUAUGUUCUAGUGACUUGUUAUACAAAGUGACAACAUCACCAUGGGCUUCUUCAUAAACACAUUCCAUAAUGUCAAGCAUUCUAUACAAUGCUGGAUAUGAUAUUUCCAUGGUGCAACAUCAUUCCCCGGAGGGAGGAAUCGCUGUUAAGAACAAACUGUUUGCCUUGCACAUCUAUGUCGUGUCGACCAUCUGACUUGCAAGGCAAAUUAAAAUUUAUACCCAAGAGUCUCUUUUUCUUAAAUAAGCUUAUAGUAAACAUAAAAUUGCAUUUACAUGCUGUCAAAAAUAUUCAGGUUCCUGGAUUGUUAGAUAGUAAAUUCAAUCCUACCCUUUUGUAGUUACGUAAACUGGGAAAUGUGCCAAAGAGAACUGAGAAGAAAAUAAUCCUUACGGUAGGUUUUGAUAAAUUGCACCUUAAAUUAAAUCAGCGAGACAUAAUCCUGUAUGUAUUUAAAAUAAACAUUGUAAACUAUGACACAGUGUGACUCUAAAGUAAAAAUACUGAUAUGUUUAUACAAAAUAAAGGAGUGUACAAAUUAAGUAAAUCAAUGCUUUACCGUGUGCAGAACUAGUAUAUAAAAUCUUCAUUUGUACAGCUUUGUUAAUAGAAGAAAAAAACCCACCAGUUUCCAUAGUUGUCUAUUGUGUGCUUUGCUUUUUUUUUUUUAAUAUAUUUUUUUUAUUUUAAAGUCUUUUUAGUAACCAGCUUCUUAUAAGGCACUAUGGAUACUGUUCCCAUUGUGAUCUAAAUAAAUAUUUAUUUCAUUC